AUGACCUCCAGGCCCCCUAUGGCCGUCCCUCAGCGACAGCCUCAGAGAACAUUAAGCGGCUCGGGGUUGUCGCAGUCCCCUACUCACCAGCGAACCCUCUCGCAACAAUAUUUACCCCCGUCCCCUAUACGGAAAUCAGAGAGUUUUCAUGAGCAAUCUAUCGAUGCGGGCGAUGUCGCACAGAAUAGAUUUAAUACACUCCCAAGAAGGGGAGGCUCGAGGCUCAAGCUCGAGCUCGCCAAUGAUGGCAUCGAGCAUCCCGGCUUCAGCGAAUCCCCGCAAAACUUGGAUACCCUAUCUGCCAACAAGGUCUUUACCCCGUCGCGGAUGAUGUCGAUGAAUGAUGCAUCUGAUGCUGGCGAUCUAACUCCUCGAACGUCGAGAUGCCAAACGGCUGAUGAUGAUUCGGUUCCCCUGCCCAUGCCGCCUCGUCGAAUCCGAUUCGUUGUGCCUGUUAAACGGUCGGAACCUUCAAGUAUCAGUACGCCUCCUAAGAAGGACGCCCGACCGAAGCCCUUCGUUCUCGAUCCACCGUCGAUUGCUGCUCGGUACCCCAACACGGGCAAGUCGGAGUCCACCGGUAAAACUAGAACUAAGGAUGUGCCCGCUCGUGCGUGUACUGACCCAUGUACAGGAGUCGCCGAUUUCUAUCGUUGGAAUGGAUCACACCCUGAGGAUCAGUUUUCUGAUAAUAUUAUUAGGCAUGGAUAUUUCGACAAGGCACCGGCGCAAUCUACGCAGGAGCCUGCGUCGGCCAAGGCUUCAUUGUUUCCUGCGCUGAAACAUAAAACUGGCCUUCACACAUUAUCUACCGUUUUUACCAGCAUCCUCAAUCAGAGAAGACAUAAUGGCCAGAUCACUUCGGCUUCUACCUUCAAACCCCCGCCUCGAGUUACGCUAACCGACACGAAAAGAGAGAUAUGGCUCAAGGACCUUGCUAACCCAGCUAUCUCCCUCAGACGUUUGAGUCGAACUAUCCCCCACGGUAUUCGCGGGAAGGUCUUGCUUGAGCAGUGCUUAAAUAAGAACGUUCCCACAGAACGUGCUGUUUGGCUUGCAAAAUGUGUCGGCGCAAACGAGAUACGAGCCUUCAAGAGAAAGGGGGCAAAUGGCAUCUUUGUUAUGGGCGGAGAAGCCAAAUGGAUUAGAGACUGGACCGUGUUUGUCGAACAGUUCGUCGAGGCCAUCUGUAAUGCUUUCAGUGAAGAUGAUUGGAAGGCCAAAGUUACAUAUGCCAUUCGCCUGGCUACUCAUCUUUACGCUGAACAUCUUUUAGACCGCGACCAUUAUAUGGACUGGCUGGUCUCUGGCUUGGAAAAUAGUAACCAGGCCAAGCUCCCCAUGUGGCUUUUAAUCAUACAAAUAUACUGGAAAGAUCUUCUCAAAUUAAGGAGACAUGGACGACGUUUAGUCAGCGCCAUUCUGUCUCAUCACUCUUCUAUCUAUCAUCAUCCCGAUCGCGAUAUUUUACUGCCUCUUGCCACACGAUUACAGUCGCUGGUAGAGUCUCUACUCCUUAUUUGCCCGGAGAAUUUUAUUAAUCCUGGGGCUUGGUACAAGUUUCGCGACUCUGUAGCCGAGCCCCCUAGAUCUGGUAACAACGAAGCCAGAUCGAGAGCAUUCAAAUCAAUCGAUUUGCGUAAUGACUAUUUAACUAGUUCCAAUGCCAAAUCGCAACCUGCUCUCCGCAGCAUAGUAGUACAGCUACUUGACAGCAUACAUCGAACACCUCUCGACACGGAUAUUCCAAAGCAGCUUUGGAAAACGAGCGAUAACAAGUUGCCGAUAGUCAGAACUAUUCUUGAAUGGUCCACCUCGCUGCAUCGGCCUGGGGUUGCGAAAGUGUACAUUGCCACAACGCUUCUGCGUUCGUCGUCUGCAUUGGAUGUCGAUGUCACUAGAGCCGUACUGGACUUUCUGGAUACCGACUCGCUUGAAGAAACUGCCCGAAAGCAGCUUGUAUAUCAUCUCGUGUCGGAACUCGUUCGAUCUGGCCACUUCUCAGUUCCUCAGUAUAUCCAAUGGCUUAUAUCCCGCGGUGGACUUUCUUUUCCCUUCGAAGCAGCACGUGACGGGCCAUGUUUCACGAGGCUACUUGUCGAAAUUCCACUCCAUUCUCUAAACGAGUCCAUGAAAAAUGUGAGGGCAACUUUAUUACGAAGGGCGUCGUAUUCGAUUGAUGAUGAAGCCCAGGAUAUGGCAAUGGCUAUCAGUUGCAUCAAAAGUACGCUCUCCGUUCCACUGGGACCCGGGGAUCCGCUCCUACAGAAGAUGCCCAUGAGUCUAGACAAGCUAUCGAAGCGGAUCAAGUUAAGUAGUCGAUCUCUAAAGACGACUAUUUCCUCGUGGCUCAGUAGCGAUUUCAUUAGCAACGUCAUCCAGAAUUCACAAUCGAGCAAAGGCGGUGUUGAACUACCCAAGAACACGUUCGAGAUGGUUCGAACUCUUCUCGAAGCCGCUGAAGAUUAUACUAUGCUCGAAGAGGUCUUGAAGCUGACAGCGGCAUACUCGAAUGCAGAGCUUCUCGCACUCUGUGCCGACACCAUCAAUCUUCAUUUACCAGUAUUUACCGCAACUGGAGCAGCCAAACCACUCUUCCAAAUUUUCUAUGAGCGACUCAAAUCCAUCAUGGAAGAGCAAGGUGUCGGUGCCCGUCCGCUUCUAGCUUCUCUUGCUUAUCUAGUACCGCAUCUACCCGGCCUGGAAGAUGUAGCGACCCAACUACAAAACGAUCUGAUACGUAUAGACCGUAGCAGUGCUGCAGAUGUUUCGUCACCGUUGUCUGACAACAUGGCUACCCAACUUCAAGACGCCGAAACAGAGCUGAGUGAGCAAAUAGAGAAGCUUGCUAGUUACACCAGUGCUGAUAGGCCGACAAUGGAGCGGUUAUUCUAUGCAAUCAUCAAAAAGCUACAAGUUUACUGGGGUAAAGCAGAUGAGCGUCAGCGACUUUGCUGCAUCCUUCUCACGAGACUUCGUGUAUUUGAUAUUCAACAUUUCAGCGAACUCAUGAGGGGAUGGAUUCAGCACAUUCGCAAGUUAACGAACAGGCCACAUAUCGAUCAGUUAUUUCCACCUCUAAUGAGCUCAGGCUGUUUACCUCUUGCAAUAUUGUUCGCAACCGCUCCUAGGAAUCAAGAUCAAACUACCCAGUCCCGGCCGAACGCCAUCGGGUCUGCUUCCGUCUACAUGCAGGAGGUAUUGCAAAUGUUAGUCAUGCCAUGCAGUCCGAGUCCUAUGAUGACUUCGGAGGAUUGCUAUCGCUUCCGUAUCGUCCAGGACCACGCUAGACGUGAGCAUGCUAGGGAGUUGAUGCCGUUGGUCCGCGGGGCGCUGGCCGAGUAUUCGACCUCCCUUAAUCAACACACGUCGAUUCCUCAACCGUUAGAUAAUAAGCAGUUCGAGGCUAAGGUACUAGAAGUCCUCCGAUCUUUAGUACUUGUCGAUCCAAAUGCUGCUAGCCAAAUGGUUUCGUUAAAAAGUCCCGAUCCCAAAUUAGCGGCACUUAUCGAAACCUGGACUACGAAGUUGCUAGUACCUCAUAGUGGUGGUGGCCAAAAAUCAUUUGAGCAAGUUUUAGAAUUGGCAAAUGAAUUUACGCUGCCUUUUUGCCAGGUCAAACUUUCUCUAAAUCUUGCAGUUGAUGAAUUAGGAUCAACUGAGGCAUCGGAGAGAACCCAAUCGCAAUUUGAACUAUUGUCGAAAGCACUUGACAAUGCCAUCGACGCUAACAAUAUCAUGUGGACAGGCAUGCUCCCUUCUCUUAGUCCUGAUAUUACGCAACACAUGAGAAACCGAGCAGAGUCGCGCUUGCUAGAUAUCAUUCCAUCUCUUAAGAAUCCUCCCGGAGACGCCACUUUUGAUAGGGAUAUCUGCAUGGCGGAGAAUCUCUUGACGGUCAUCGAUUCCAUAUUCCGUGGCGGGUCGGGAUCAAAAGUGUUCCAGUUUUCUAGCGCUCUAGUGGACAAACUUGCAGACUUGUGGGAUAUCCUAUCCUCAAGAACUGGCGAGUACGCUUCACUUCAAGCCGCUGUGCUCUCGCGCUGGCUGCCUCUUAUAUUAUCUUACCUGACUCUUUUCACCUCACCAUCCGCCAGCGCAUUGGAUGCAUCACGGAUCUCUGGCGGUGAAAUUCGUGGCCGUGCUUUAGUCAUCCUCGCAGGUCUCAUCCAGGAGCUCGAUAACCACCUAUCCUCCAAUCUCGGUCAAAAAGCCUUCGACAUCGCGCUCGUGCUAGCCGAUAAUUUACCCGAAGAGGCGCGCUUAUUAUGCGUACGGGCAGUGAAAGAUGCCACGGCUGAUCCUAGGAUCAGAUAUCUAUUCAGCUUCGCUCCGAACCCGGCUGAAACCCUAAUGUUAGCCCAUCGCGAGAAGCCGCCCCAGGGAAUCCAAGAAAGGAGGGCAAUGGCGAUGGGGAUGAAUAUGAUACCAGAGAAGCUAACUCCCUUUGUAUUCAGGAGGUGGGAAAUCCUCAACGAACCCACUCCUGUCGUAGGCGAGAACGAUACGAGUCUAAGCUUGACGCUGUUCGACUCCAGGAAGAUAAAGUAA